AAGGAAAGCCCCCAGGCUGGUCAGAGCAUCCAGGGUUUGUUCUCUUAAGCACAAAAAUUACCACCAGUUGCUCUGGAAGCCCCUGUGUUAUUUGGCAAACAAAAUCAAGUAGGGAAAAAAACUUUUAUAUGCUGUCAAGAAGAGAUUUUUGCAGAUUUCCCUGUAAGGAUUUGAUCCAAACCAGCUAAAGCACAGACUAUUAGUCAGCAUGUUUAGUCAUGAAGCAAACAUUUCUCUCUGUACUGUUGAAGUACAGUUACCAGAUGGCAGCCCAAAUUGAUCCCCUUACAAACACAGCACGAGCCUUCUAAAGUAAUGCUUCAUAUUUUGCAAAUCAAAUCUGCAUUUUCCAUAAUAAGAAUUUAUGGUUUUUCUCUGGAGAAUAAGCUCUCAUUCCCUUGGAUCCAGUAAAGCUAGGAAUGCACCAUUUAUCAAUCAAUUUAACAUAAAUGUCUGUACAUGUGUCAUUUAGAGCUGAACUGCAGAACGUCUCUAUGGAAACAGUUUAGCUAUAGUGCAUCCAAGAGGAACAAAUGUAGCCCGGAAAAAAAAGAAUUCUAAAGGCAGUGCAAAUAUAUGUGUUAUAUUAUGUUAUUUAGAAGAAAAGUAUUAAGAACAAUAUUAAUCUUUCAUGUUGAAUUGCCUGCACAUAGAAAGCAAGAGCACAUUAAGGAGCCUAGUCUGUGACUGCAUCAUUUCAGGUAUCCAGGGAUAAAGACAAGUCAAGAUGCAGGAGCUUGUGCCUGGUGGUCAUUGAUACAGUCCACCUGUCUCCUGCAGAUUGGCCACAGGCUGUCGGCUAGGAAGACUGGCAGCAGUGCAGGCCACCAGCUGUUUCAGAGUCUGUAGCUUGUCCAGCAUGAUCAGCAGCACCCUGGGUCACAGUUCUUCCCAUCAAUACAGGUUGAUCUGGUUUCCUCUACAAAUGCAUUUAUAGGUGGGGAUGAAUUUCCGAGGUUAAAUCAAAACCGAACCAAAAAAACAAAACAAAAAAAAGGGGGAGGGGGAGAAAAUAAUUGCAAAUAUUCAGUUCUUUUAUUCAUUUACAUUUGCAAACUAUAUCUAGGACUGUGAAGGACUAGAAAAUACUUCUUAAAUUCCCCUCUUCCAUAUAUUGCUAUUUUCCUAUAUUAGUUCUUAUAUUCCUGUGUUCCUAACCUUAGGAAGGGAUAACACUGACCAUGAAAUAUGGGUAUAUGAAAAAAUUACAUAAAAAGCUGAGUUUAAUGGAUGCAAAUGACAGUAUCUCAGAUACAGUUUAGAGCAAAGAACAAAUAUAGAAUUUAAUGGACAUUACAGGCUAAACAUAGGAAGGCAAAGUGAAAUAAGAGGCUGGAAUUUGGUCAGACAAUAACCAUGUUCAGUCUAUUCUAUCUAAAAAUUUGUCUUGCAUAUUUUAUGACCACAGAGGAAGUACCAUUUUAGCUCAGUAGUGCCAUUUAGUGACUUGUUCCAGCUUUGGUCUAGAAUAAUUCCAGAAAGAAGAAUAUGACCCACCUGAAUAAUGAACAUUAUUUUUUUUGUUUUUCUUGAAACACGAAGAAAUGUUUGUUUUCCAAACAACUCCAUAGUCAUUCUAGCCUUAAUUAUUUCGUGGUAUCUAGUAGUGUGCUGAAGCUGUACACCACAAGACCUGAAAAAAACCAAAAAAAAGUCACUUGAUAUUUUAGCUUUUAAAUGUCCAAAAUUAGAGCAAACAUCUGCUAAAUUAACAAGAUACUGUAUUCCAUUUUGUUGAAUUUCUACCACCAUCUAUUCCAAAGAAUGUGCUGGUGCAUGAGAAAGCCUCAAAAAACCCCUCAGCAGUCAAUACUGUACAUCAGUGGUUACAGCACGUUAUGAUUUCAAGGUUGCAAAUGAAACGAGGAAGGAAGAACAAUUCUCCAUAUCCAUUUAUAAUUUCUUCCAGAUAAUCUUUAAAGAAUUGCAGUAGGAAGAUUUUACAGAUUCCAAAAUUUCAAUUUCAGAGAAAUAUUAUAGCAUAGGAAAGCUGUUAGUAACUGAGAAUGUACUGUGUUUUGGCGCUGCUUGGUUGUAAUGGACAGGCCACAGUGCUGAGUACAUGCAAGAACAGGGCAUUUGGAAACAAUUGUUGCAGUGUGAUGCAUUUCUGACUCAAGCAACUUGUCUGGAGCUUUUUGAAUUGAUUUUCUUUGCUUGGGAUAUGUCCCAUCAGUCACAUUUGAACUAAAAAAUAAGAAAAGGGAGAAAAACUGAAGUGAUGGAGAGAUUUCUUACAACCCUAAUUCCUCCAAAAACUCAGAUUUGGAUAAAGGAGAUGAUAUGAAGGCUCUUUCACUGGUAAUGGGCGUGGAUAAUGGAAUUUUAACUUGAUAGUACAUAUUUAGACAAAAACGUAAGGAAAAGUUAUGGCUUAUGAAAAAAUCCACUCACAAAGUUUUAUAAAUUCAGAUUGGACCAAUAUGAAACAUAAACUAAUUCCUUAAUUGUCUAUUCCCCUUUCCUAUUAAUUGUGGAGAAGAGAAUAUCUCCAUUAGCUUGAAUUACAGUGAACAUAUAAAUUUUAUUAUUUUGUAUUUUGACUAGGCAAGGAGACAGAAGUCAGAGCUUUGCCAGUGUCUCGCUGCUUAAGGGGGCACAGGCUUUUAACUUCUGUCUGCCUCAACUUUCCCAGCUGUGUAGUGAUUAGGCUACGCCACGCUUUGGAAAGCACAAAUAGGAAACUGCUGAGCUGUUUAGUAGCAUAUAAAUAGAAUUUUAAAAUUCCCUAUGUGUUUUUAAUUUCUCAUCACAAGAAUAUAUGAUUCCCAAAAGUUCUAAAAUCCAGGGGGCAGGGGAUAUUUUAAAUUAAAAAGUUCAGUAAACAAACCUAAACGUGGAAGAGAGAAUUUUUUCAGUACAUUUGCAUGCAGUGCACUAGAGGGCCCUCAGGAGUUAGAAAUGGAUGGAAUGCACUUUUGGAAGGCAUAUGCUUCACAGAACUUUUCAUUACAGAAUUUAAAAUAGAAGUUGCUGUGGUUUUGUGUGUGUGGGUUGUUUUUUUUUUUUUUUUAAUAACGUGAGGUUCAUGUAAGUUUAUAGCAGUUCAUAUGCAAACCACCUCUCAGUAAAGUUAGCUUCCAAAUUGUAGUUAGCUUGCAAUGAAAUAUCUAAAUGUGAACCAUACUUAAAACUGAAAUAUGUGCUAGACGCCAGCUCAGUUACUUUUAUUGACCUAAGGAGUUUACCAGAACAAAGGAUGUGUCAAGCUGAAUAGUUUGUAAAGGAGAUACAUCAGAUCUUUUAGACUACAAGUCAGUAAACUGCUUACGCAGCUGGCUCCAUUCAUUCUCUGAAACCAAUCACUUUCCCUGUGGUGGCUGAUAAGAAUUUAACAGCUUGAGAAGGUGGAGUGCAUCCUUAGUGCUAACCACUUUCCCAGGCAUAUCAGUAGCCUCUGUCCAUCACCCAUGCUGGAAGCUAGUUGGAAAACAAGAAAUAGAAAUUGGGGAAGGAAAAUCAUGCAUCAUCAUCCUGGUUGUAAUGCACUGAAGACUUUAUGCUGUUUUCAUCAUAUGGAUUCACCAGAGAAAUGACCACCUUUGAUCAGCAAAGUAAAAUCAAAAACUUGUUUAUUUGCUGCCUGUGCCCCUCGCGGGUGUUGAGGCUCUGGACUUGCAGGCGCCCAAGGACAAGGAGGAAUCUGCUUGUGGGCACCGCCUGUGUGAUCUACCUGGGAUUCCUUGUCAGUCAGGUUGGUCAUGUUUUACCCCAGCACAAAGGAGGACAUCAAAAGAUCAGUUCCAGAAGUCUCCAAGAUGCAUCCCAAACUCCUUUUCUGGGCAUCCCACUGGAUGGCACCCUGUCACCACCCAAUUUCCAGGAACCCCAGCUGGGUAGCAAUGGGACCUUGCUGCCACCCAAUGUAGUUUAUAUCACCCUGCGGUCCAAGCGCAGCAAGCCUGCCAAUAUCAGAGGCACAGUGAAGCCAAAGCGCAGGAAGAAAAAUGCAACGCCUUUGUCCUACGGGCAGCAUUUUCCAAAAGCCACUUUUAUGGGCCUGGAAGAGGCCUUUGCCCAACAGCCAGGGAGGGCCAUGCAUGCCACGGGCACAAUGGGAGCAGCAGUAGCUCUGGAGGCGAGAAAGUACCAGCUGGAUGAACAUAGAAAUAGAGGAAUGGCAAUCGAGGAGAGGGGUCACCGGAGACCCGGGAUGAUUUCUGGAGCUGUGAAGGCACAGCCCCAGCCUAAGGAAAGCAAUAUCAGGAUUUACAGUGAGAGCGCUCCCUCGUGGAUGAGCAAAACUGACAUCUUAAACAUGCGAAUGCUGGCAGAUUCUCCGAUAGAGAGCAUCCAAGAAGUACCUUCACACAAAGCAGUCCUGGUAGUGUUUGCAGGAGGUCCCAGCACCACAGGAACUGCUUGUGAUCAAGGACACUGUGGGAUCGUCAAAAGACCCCUCGACAUGAGCGAAGUGUUUGCCUUUCAUUUGGAUAGGAUCUUGGGGCUAAACAGGAGCUUACCUUCUGUAAGCAGGAGAUCAGAGUUCUUCCAAGGUGGUCAAGCCUGUCCUGUUAUUCUCUGGGAUUCCUCACUGAGUCCAACAGAUAAUAGUACCCAUUCUUCAGUGAGGUUAACAUGGGGACAAUAUCAGCAGCUGUUGAAGCAGAAAUGCUGGCAGAAUGGUAAAGUUCCCAAAGCUGAGUGGGGCUGUACUGAAAUCCACCAUCAUGAGUGGUCCAAGAUGGCACUUUUCGAUUUUCUUCUGCAGAUCUAUAAUCGACUAGACAGAAACUGCUGUGGAUUCAAACCUCUCAAGGAGGAUUCCUGCGUGCAGCAAGGACUGAAGCUGAAAUGUAAUGAUCAGGAUGCUGUUGACCUGACACACAUAGUUCAGAGAAGGCAUGACCAAAGGCACUUGGCCUUUGUAGACAAUAAGGGUUUCUUUGACAGAAAUGAGGACAAUCUUGACUUCAAAAUACUACAAGGAAUCAACGAAUUCCCUGAAUCUGCAGUUUCAGUGCUGAGGAGCCAACGUUUACGUGAGAAGUUGCUCCAGUCUUUGUUCCUUGACAAAAUAUACUGGGAGAGCCAAGGAGGCAGAAAAGGAAUUGAAAAGCUUAUUGAUGUAAUAGAAAGGAGGUCCAAGAUUCUUCUUACUUAUAUAAAUGCACAUGGAGCCAAAGUAUUGCCCAUGAAUGAAUGAAACAGUCUUGUUUCCAUUUGAGAGACAGUCUUUAAAAAAUUUUGUAUGGGGCAAAAAUUGACAGUAAAAUUGAUUUAAUUCAUAGAAUUAUUUAAUUUUUUCCCCCAAACUUUCAAGGUUAUUUUUAAAUAAGAAAUCUUACAUGGUUUAAAAGCAAUACUUAAAUGUCAGCUUCAGCUCAACACAGUGAAGUCUCUUCUGUCACCAGUGGCAUGAAAAAUAACCAAAUGGUGCAAUAAAUAAUAUGCAGUAAUAUAUAGAUAUCAUGAACACUCCUUCUGUUAAACUGUUUGAAAAUUAGUAACAGGAUUUUCAGUACAUUAGUCUGGAUUACUCUUACUUCCCCCAUUCAGGUCAGUAUAAGUUUUUCUCACAAGUUUAAAUAGGACCAGAGAUAUAUAAGCUUGAUGACAACCGUCAUCGCGUCUACUUCCUGAAACAUAUAUACAGAAAUUGGUCUUUUUAUUAGGAAUAUUAAAAUCCCAACAUUUCCAAGGCUUGUUUUAUUUUAUUUUGAUCUUUUGAAACCUGAGAACUAAAUUCAGCUCUUUUAAAGACAGGAGUGCUUGCACUGGACAUGAAAGAAUUUUAAAAACAGACAAAAGAGAACAUAACUUUAACAAUAAUAAUUAUUUUGACAAAUACCUGUCCAGUAUGGAGUACAAUUCAUCAUGAGUCACUCAUUACAAUGUACUAUUUUCAAUGCAAGUUGUUCUGAUGUGUAGGUGGAUAAUCUGAUAUUUUCUGUCUAUUGAUUAACUGGGUAUUUCUCACAGAGUUGUCCUUUGCUACCACUAUUUUUAAAAGUGGCUUUAGCUUUUUGUGAAUAUGCUGCUGCUACAUGUUUUGUUUUUGCAAAAUUCUUGACAAUAUUUUUUGAGAAUUAUUAAAAAGCAGACAUGAGUGUUGUUAAACCCAGCACCCAGGAAAUGUUUAUUCUGUGUGCUCAGCUCUGGCCAGCAGUUCAGGCUUUGGUUUUCCAUUAAGGUUGACCACUAUGGAGUGACUUGCCCUAAGUGUUCCCAAAGGUAAGGCUGUUAGAGAAAGUUGGAUAAGCGCUUCAGAUUUCUAUCCUCCAGAAAUAAAAUAUCAAUUGAUUCUA